CGUGUCCCAACUCCACUCUCCUCGGGCCACCUUGGCCCCGCUCUCGUUCGCCCCCAUGCGCCUUCAUAGCUACCACCCAUCAUUCCCGUCCCUACCACAACCCGGCCGUAAGCAAAGAAUAGACCCGUUGCUUCUCUAGUUCCCAUCCUCGCUACUUUCUUCUCCUGCUCUCGUAUUCCAUCUUUUCGAUCGCUCUCGAUCAUCCUCCAUGGCUUCAAGGAUGGCGAACAUGUGGAGAUCCCUGGCGAAUUCUCGGCGAUUCACCACGUCGACGGAGCCGAAGAUGAAGGCCUUCACACCAACUGCAAAUGAUUUCUUGGGCCGACAUCAUGCCUCCAAACCAAGCAGGGGGGACUUUGUGCCGGUGUAUGUGGCGGUGGGGCUGAUAGCGUUAUCGGUGUCGUUCGGGCUGUACACGGCGAAGCACGAGCUGCUGUACGCGCCCAACGUUCUGGUGAGCAAGAAGAAGAGAGAGACGGUGCCGGAGGUAGAAGACCCCGACUGGGCCGCCGCCGAGGCUGACCGAUUCGUCCGCAAAUCCGUCUUCCGCAGGGUCGCCCACCUCCAGGACUUGGACGCCGUCCGGGCCGGCAUCUCCGAUCCCACCCGGGCCAACGACCACCCCGCCUCUUACGACGGGCCAAAGAAAGUGGAGACGCUGAAGUCUGUUGGGGUGGACCCAGGAAGCCACUAAGAAGACUAGCCGAGUCUUAGGCCGAGCAAUAUUGAAAGUAUCCACCUUUGUAAUUAUGGUUUCUCUUUUUUAAUCCUGUUUUCUCUUGUAAAUAAGGAAUAAUUUCUGGGGCUUUAUCCUAAUAAUACAGCCAAUUCUGUACGGAUAUAAUGUGAGCUUCUUUUUUUUUUGGAUCCGUUCAGUUUACAGGAAAAAAUUUUGAUAUUUUUUUUGGAAAAUUAAUGUUUAGGUAUAUGAUGUUAGAAAAUAAUUCGAUUAUUGUACCGGAAGAAAAGGCACUAGGACUAAGUCAUUGGCAUGUACGUGUGAGAUGCAGGCUUAAUGCUAGGACUGCAGGUGGCGUGUAUGCAUGGGAUACAAGGAAUGAAAUAGGUUGUAUUGCAAAUGGAUUGGGUCAGGCCAUUUUUCAUCUGAAAUUGAUGAAAAAAAUAAUCCAGUCUCAUCUAAACUGAACUGAUUUUGAUCAUUUUUUAUUUAAAAAUAUAAUCCAUCUUCGAAGUUAAUUCAACCGAUCAUGCUUUAGAUUUUAGUUAAUAAUAAUAUAUAUUGUUAAAUAGAACUAUGCGUGUUAAGAAUCAAAUAUUAAAAUGUGUUCUUGAUAAAGUUUACAUGUAUUAGUGGUCUGGUUAGAUAGAAUCUGAACUGACGAAAUAGAUAUUAUAUCUUGUUCGGUAAUAGAAAUGGAUUAGGUUUGGAAUUAUGCAUGGUCUUGGUCUGUUGUUAGAAUGUAAGCAAGGAAAAAAUAGAGAGCUUAAUGUAACAUGUGUCGUGGUUGAUCGGACUUUUGGCUCACCCAUGCAAUUGUUGUCUUUCUUUUUCUUUUUCUUUCUUGCGAGGUGGCGCGGUUCAAUGGUUCUCACUUCACAUCUCUCAACCCCGAGCACUGUGGGUUGGUAGAUUUGCUCAUGUCAUACCUAGGUUCAUAUAGUUGAUGGCGAUUCUCUAUUUCGUUCAUCUGUUCUUGCUUUGGAUCAAAGGUUGACUUUAGUCGAAUACGGCCCGAAUCUCACUUUAGUAGUAUGAAAAACCUGACACACAUAUACACACAGAGAUACAAGAUCCUACGGAAUUUAUCUUCAGCAAUCAAUGUCAAACUGGUCCAUAGGAAAUCCCAGAUUGAUCUGGCUAAACUCAGCCUCUUGGUAUCUAAUCAAAUCAUAAACACAUCUUAGUUUGAGUUACCCAAAUAGAACCAGGUUUCCGAGAGCAGUACAAAAUACAAAUACCGAGUGAUAGAGAAAUUUUUUGCGAGAUUUGACAGACCCAAUUAAGGAAUCUUUCCAGAUUUCCUGCGGCUCGCUUGAAAUGGUAUUUGAAGGGAAUAUUUGAUUGCCGAUCGAGUUAGUACGGCCUCAAGUUUUAUAGUAUAUAAGAUGCUUGUUAAGCAUCUAUAUGACAAAUAUUUAUGGUAUAAAGACAUCAGCGGAUAUUGCAUACAUUUGCAAAUCGUAAAUUUAGGCACUGUUUGCUGCUAAUUGCUCCUUAAUUGAAGUAGUAAAAAUGUACCAAUAACAUACUUUCUGGUAUUUUCUAUGCAUGAUUGAGGAGAUGAUCAUUCUUGGACUGAGAAGAGGAUUCUUCUCUGAUUUCUUAACAAAAAAAAAAAAGAGUACAAGUGCUUGUUUGAAGUCCUAUACCUGCAUUCCAUGGAUACCCAACGUCUCUAAUUCCAAUACUUAAAUCCUAGAUCCAAGCAUCUCAAUCCAACAUUUUUUUCAUGCCCUCCUCUUCUUCUAUCUACUCCCUUCCCCAACCGACCCCCAUUUCUGAGAUGAAACCUUACACUUUGGCAAGGAAGAAUAGUUAAAUCAGUUCAGGUAUAUAAUAUGCAGGAUUAUGUUAAUCUUUUCAUUAUUUUCUUUGUAACGCGUUAUAAAAAUUAUGCAGUUGGAGUUGGGCAAAGAAGGAAGAGGAGGUUUUCAUCAAAUAAAAGAGGAGGAGGAGGAGCAACAGACGCCUAAAACAUGUUUCCCUCCGAGGAAGAGGACUGCCGAGGCUUUCCAUUAUUCUCCGUUGCAGGCUCCGCCUGCAACAUGUUUCAAGCAAAGGACGAUGACGUUAGCAUGGUCGACGCCGGUAGCGUCGUUGAGGUUGGCAGCAUGCUGUCCAUGACCACCACAGCGACUGCAGCACGCGAAGGCGAGGGCUCGACCGACGGCGACGGCGACGGCGACGGCCCGUCGAUCAUGCAGCGGCCAAGCUCGUCAAUGCGGUACAAGGGUGUUGUGCUGCAACAAAAUGGGCAUUGGGGCGCACAGAUCUACGCCCACCACAACAGGAUCUGGCUGGGCACGUUCAAGUCGGAGCUCGCGGCGGCGGCGGCCUACGACAGCGCGGCCAUCAAGCUGCACCGUGGCGACUCCCACCGCAACCUCCCGUGGAACGAGCUCACCAUCCACGAGCCUCGGUUCCAGGAGCAGUUCUCCACCGAGGCGGUUCUCGAGAUGAUCAGGAGUGGGUCGUACGAGUCGAGGUUCGCGGAGUACCUGCGGGUGAUGCAGUCGCCUCAGGCCUCCCCGGUAGCACCACCAAGGGGCUCACCUCGCAGUGGAAUUGGCAGCGGCGGCUGCGGUGGCGGUGGCAGCUGCAACACCUGCUGCGAAAUGUUUACCAAGGAGCUGACGCCGAGCGACGUCGGGAAGCUGAACAGGCUGGUGAUACCGAAGAAGCACGCAACGAGGUUCUUCCCCGCGGUGUCUCCGGAGUCCGAUGACGAGCUCCUGCUUGAGUUCCAGGACCUAGAGAGCCGGCUGUGGGUCUUCCGGUAUUGUUACUGGAAGAGCAGCCAGAGUUACGUCUUCACCAAGGGCUGGAAUAAGUUUGUGAAGGAGAAGGGACUUCAGGCAAAGGAUUCUGUUACCUUCUACCGCUGCGAGGAGCGAGAGGGCCCGCGGAGGGCAUAUUGCAUGAUUGAAGCAGUGCCCUGUCGACAAGGACGGGGCCAGGAAAAUGGGAAUGUGACGUUCGGUUUAGGCCUCAGUUAUAAAAUAGAGGUGGAUGAAGAGGAGGAAGAGGAGGAGGUGAUAUCCGGGCCAAUGGCAGCGUCAGGAGUGACACAGGGGGAGCAGGAGAUGAAAGGGGUGAAGAUCUUUGGGGUGUGGGUUAGUUGAGCCGAGCAGGAGGGAGAUGGGAGGGUGGAUUGGACGUACAAUGGCUCUUUUUGAUUGGAAUGAUAUCUUCGUUUAUAUCAUUAAUUACUGAACACAAUCACAAGCUUAGGAUACGUUGGUAUUAAAGAUUUGAGUUUACAUUGGUUUUGCCGGUCCACUCCUCGUAAUUUUUGGUCAUGAAAACUUAAAAUGUUUUAUAGCUAUUAAGGUGGUAGGAUCAUGGCUAUCAUCACUAACAUAAGGACAGAUGGUUCAUGCAGUUUUUUGAAUUAUAAAUCAAGUUACCAAUAAAUAUUCCAAUUCUCUCAUCAUUUGUUUAUGUCUAAUGAGCUAAAAUUUUAAAAUUUAUAUCCAACCAUAUUUUAGAGAAGCAACCUAAUGCACAUCAGUCCAAAAGGAAGCUUCACCAAUAUUAAUAUAAUUAAAAUUUUUAUUUGAAGCCACUGUCAUGAUGCCAAAAAUCAGGUUAGCUUUCAACGAAUCAUGAAUCAUCCAAAAUAAAGGUCGGACGACAAAAUUAUUAACAAUUUAUCAAAGAUGAAUCAAUCCUGAUAAACUUCCAAAAAUUAUGAAAACACCAUUCUACAACUCAUAAUUUAAAUGAGUUAGAAAUCCAAUAGAACUUAAGAAUCUAUUUUAUUUUCUUUAGAAAAUUUUUAUAGAAAGCCUGUUAGCUUUAGGAGUCUCAUCUAUAAAUAGACUAUAGUUGUACUCUUUUGGCAUCACGUAAUUGUUAAUAAAGCUUCAGAAGAUUUUCCUCAAUUCUUACCUUAGGGUAAUCUUUACUUGCUGCGGUCCGCAUGAGAGGCGACUAAUGUGAGACUAACUUCAAGCAUUUCAUGGAAAAAUUCCGUAGGAGGUCAAAGACACUCCCAAAAGGUUGACAUGAGACCAUCAUUUAUCCCAUCUUCAGAGUUGGCUUCAAUGGAUCUCAUACACUCGUGCAGACUUAUCUACCUUGCCUGCUUUAUAGGUAUAGCUUUUAGAUUCCUCUGAGUUAAAGAGUUCGAAUCCAGCCACAUACUACAAGGGUGGAAUAAGUGACAACGAUGCAGGAGCUAUUGAUAGGUGUUUAGAAAGACGAGUUCUUGAGUGGUGGCAUUAGUGCGCACCAGGAGAUCUUGUCAUCUAGCAAUGGAUUUGGCAUGUAACUCUUCUUUGGAGCACUUUUAAAGCGGAGGGUGUUGUUGUGUGCAAAGAAAUUAUCAAGUCAUAUAGACAACUAUUACCAACUAGCAACAACUAUUGACUACGAUUACCUAGGAGUAUCUUAUAAUGUAUUACAUAGCAGCUGUGAUUAUAAAGGCUAUAUAUCAAUGUUGGUGAUUAUAUAUCCAUAUAGACACAGUGCAUUCUAUGUAGCAUGCCGUGCCUUGUACCCCCAACACCUCUCCAUUCUCCCACGUCCCCCAUUGAUUUCUCUAGGGUUGAGAACACCAGACCACGGUAAAGACCAUUUAGUAUUGGAAGAUCAAACAAGAUGAGCAAUUCAUAUAUCCAUCCCUUAGAAGAAAAGGGCUAACCACCAAAACACAGAUUAUCCUACAAAACCCACUCCAACAAUGAUUUUCCAAUAUGAACUACCUCGAGCCCUUGAAGGAGAAACCUACGCUUCUAAAUGUUAUUGCCCAUAGAGAGCAAGACUACCACAUCAAUCCUCGUUCAUAUUCACACCACCUCACAUUCUAAACUUAUUUGUUACUCAAAAAUCAGAA